AAAUAUCUGGAAUAUUCGAAUAAAACUGCUAGUGAUCUGUGCAGUGAUUGUCCACAUCCACCUAGUGCAGGCAUUGUACUUGCACAGCAACAAUGGAGAAGAAGACCAUGAAAUGGGUGCAUUCCUUUUGGUUUAUCCAUAGCUUCUCCAACAUAGAGCCCUCUUUUUUCCUAGCUGGUGCUAGGUCAUGGGAGCAGAAUUUUUCCUUCUUAGUACCCUUUUUCUUAUCUUAUCUGGUAGUUUCCCUGACUCCCGAAGGGGGUUAAAUUAUUAGUUACUUUACCACUGUCAAAUUCUGAAAGAGGUACAAAAUCACCGUUAGUCAAUCAAAAUUGAACAUUUCUCUCUUUACUCUGUUUUCCUCUGUUUUCAAUGGCCAUCUUUCUUAAACACCAUGUCAACACCCCAAGACUUCUCCCUUCCGUUGCUUCCUUCUCCUUCUCCUCCUCCUCCUACUCCACCACCUCGCCUCCAUCGUCAGAUCAACCAGAUCCAAUUGCCACCGUGACAUCCAUCCUCACCCACCACCGCUCCAAAUCCCGUUGGUCCAACAUCCUCACUCUGUUCCCCUCCGGCUUCACUCCCUCUCAAUUUUCCCAAAUUACUCUCCAACUCAAAAACAAUCCCCACCUUGCCCUCCGCUUCUUCCUCUUCACCGAGCAAAAAUCCCUCUGCAACCACAACCUCUCCUCCUAUUCUACCAUAAUUCACAUCCUCUCUCGUGCCCGCCUCAAAACCCGUGCCCGGGAACUCAUUCGGGUCGCAAUUCGGACCCCAGGUAUGGAAAAUGAACCCACCUAUAUGAAACUAUUUGAAUUGUUGGUUAAAACUUAUAAUGAAUGUGGUUCUGCCCCUUUUGUUUUUGAUUUGUUAGUGAAAUCUUGUUUGCAAAUGAAAAAACUUGAUGGGUCUAUUGAGAUUGUUAGAAUGUUAAGGUCUAGAGGGCUUAGCCCUCAGGUUAGUACUUGUAAUGCUCUGAUUGGGGAGGUUUCGAAAUGUAGAGGAGCAAAAAAGGGAUAUGAGGUUUAUAAAGAGGUUUUUGGAGUAGGGAAUGGUGAGAGAGAAACUAACGUAAAAAGGGUUUUAAAGGUUCGGCCAAAUGUGCAUACUUUUAAUGCUUUGAUGCUAUGUUUUUAUCGUGAAGGGUUGUUGGAGAAAGUGGAGGAGGUUUGGAGUGAAAUGGAGAGUUUAGGGUGUGCAGCGAAUGGUUAUAGUUAUAGUAUUUUGAUGGCAGCAUUAUGUGAGGAAGGAAAGGUGAGAGAAGCAGAGGAAUUAUGGGAGGAAAUGAGAGUUAAGGGAUUGGAGCCUGAUAUUGUGGCUUAUAAUACUAUGAUUGGUGGGUUUUGUAAACAUGGAGAGAUUAUAAGAGCUGAGGAGUUGUAUAGAGAAAUGGGAUUGAUUGGGAUACAGGCUACCUGUGUUACUUAUGAGAAUCUUAUUGAUGGAUAUUGUAAAGUUGCGGAUAUUUAUUCAGCAAUGUUGAUAUAUAAGGACAUGUGUAGGAAAGGUUUUAAACCACAGGGUUUAACUGUUGAAGCAUUGGUUAGAGGACUUUGUGACAAACGUAGGGUCCUUGAAGCUUUGGAGACAAUGAGGGUGGCAGUGAGAGAACUUGGUGUUUAUCUGUCAGGGAAAAGUUAUGUGCUUCUGAUAAAAGGUUUGUGUGAGGAGAAAAAAAUGGAAGAAGCAUUAAAGCUUCAAGCUGAGAUGGUGGGGAAAGGGUUUAAGCCAGAUCCGGAGAUAUAUGAAGCUUUUAUUGACGGUUAUUUAAGACAAGGAAACAAGGAAAUGGAAACAAUGCUGAGAAAGGAGGUGAUAGAAACUCAAAAAGAGCAGGAAAAGAAUUAGAUGUCUAUUUGUGACAAGUGGGAGCAGACCUGUUGAGCAGUGGUGGUUUUCCUGACAAGCUUGAAUACUGAUGAUAACGCAGGUCAAUUUCUGGGGAGGAUGCGUAAAAAAUUUGGUCCUGUGUAAAGGCAGAUAUCUUCUUUGCACAAAAAGAUUAAUUUGUGACAAUCUUGAAUGAAAGUGCAAGGGGAAGAGCUCACUUUGGAAGAGGGUGCAGUUCUAGAGCGAUGCAGUUCUCCAGGGAAUCAAAUUAUUCAUUUAUUAGUUUAUCCGCCGGUAGUCUAAUUUCAUCAAAUCAUGAAUAUGUUAGUAAGGUUACUUUUUAUAGGUUGUGUUAUCAACUAUAUGUUUGAUGGUGCUUAAACCUCCCGACAUGUUUCUGUAAACCGGCUGUAUAUAUGAGCAGCUCACGGUGCCUGCUGAAGAGAGGAGCAAGGGUGAUAGAAACAAAUUGCUCCAGACAAGUGGAAGGCACCCAGUGUAUCAUCGUUAGACUGUCCCUAUCGUUUGCCAAACUGAAUACGAGCAAUAUAAGAGGCAUUGCAGCAGCAGGACAUCUGAGCUGUAAUGCUGGGAAAAUUAGAGCAUCCCUGCACAUGAUGGAAAAGCCAAACCCUUGAGCACGUCUCUUUAUGGUCCAAAAUUCAGAU